UCUCCGUCUCAGACUUCAAGAUGGGGAAGUCAUUCGCCAAUUUCAUGUGUAAAAAGGACUUCCAUCCUGCAUCCAAAUCCAACAUCAAGAAGGUAUGGAUGGCAGAACAGAAAAUAUCAUAUGAUAAAAAGAAACAAGAAGAAUUAAUGCAACAGUACCUUAAGGAGCAAGAGUCGUAUGAUAACAGAUUGCUUAUGGGAGAUGAGCGUGUAAAGAAUGGCCUGAAUUUCAUGUAUGAGGCCCCACCAGGAGUUAAAAAAGAAAACAAAGAGAAAGAAGAAACAGAAGGAGAGACAGAGUACAAGUUCGAAUGGCAGAAAGGAGCUCCGAGGGAAAAAUAUGCCAAAGAUGACAUGAACAUCAGAGAUCAGCCCUUUGGUAUUCAGGUUCGAAAUGUAAGGUGUAUUAAAUGUCACAAGUGGGGCCAUGUGAACACAGAUCGAGAGUGUCCCUUGUUUGGUUUUUCUGGGAUCAAUGCAAGUUCAGUUCCUACUGAAGGCUCAGGGCCGUCGAUGCACCCCUCGGAGCUAAUAGCAGAGAUGAGAAACAGUGGGUUUGCACUGAAACGAAAUGUACUGGGGAGAAACCUGACCACAAAUGAUCCAUCACAGGACUAUGUCGCAAGUGACAGGGAAGAAGACCCUGAAGUAGAGUUCUUGAAGUCGCUCACCACCAAACAGAAGCAGAAGCUUCUGAGGACAUUGGAUAGACUUGAAAAGAAAAAAAAAGAAAGAGAAAAGUGAUAAGAAAAAGAAGAAGCUACAGAAGAGCAAAAAUAAACACAAAAAACGUA